AUGUCCAUCCAUCCUGAGUUGAUGAAAGAGUGCGUCGUCAUCAUGGGCACUGCUGGGGAUAUUGAUGAGGACCUCCUCUUGGAGAGUGGGGACGGCUCUCCAGAAAAGGUUAUGGCAGCGCUCCAAGCCAAGUUGGACAUCGCCAAUGAGAAGAUCGAAACCCUUACGACGGAGGUGAAUGAUCUACGGCAUCGGCUGAUUGAGACCAACUACGAGAGCGAGGACCGUCUGCGAAAUUGGUCCAGCUGCAAGAUGCAGGCAGAGGAAGCAAUCCAGAGAUUGGACAAGCAGACAAGGACACUGAACGCAGUUCUGGAGCGUGAGGCAGAAUUACAGGAAGACUAUGAUGACCUCUUUGCUCGGCAUGUUCGUGCCUCGAAGAUGAUGAUCUACAAAGCAAGGCAAGGCCUACGAGAUCGCCUCUUCUUGCAGAACAAGAAAGAGAAUCUCUUCUAUUCCUUUCAGGGGUUUAUGUACAUCCUGCAACAGGAAAAGGAAGAACGAAUCAGACGAGAACAGGAGGAGAUGCGAGACAGUGUGGAGUUUGCACUGCGCAACGAGGUGCGAUUCUUACUGAACGAGAACCUCCGCUGCAACGAUGCGGUGAAGCUCGUGGCGACCGAAGCGAGUCGUUUGAAGUCCGACCGCCGUGCGCUGGCGAAGCGUUUGCUUUACAGGCAACGGCCAUAUGAGCGUCUGGAAUAUUUGCUCUGGAUCUGGGAGCUGUGGCAACCAUUGCGUGGUGCCUUGCGCCUUGAGAAGCAUCUGGACCAAACACAGGCAUCAUUGGCUGCGGUGAACCAGCAACUGACAUGGAGCUCUCGGCAAAUGGUGCCUUUGAUGAACUUCAUGGAUCAGCUCAGGAUGGAAGUCCUGAAGGAACAGCUGGAAGGGGAUUUGAUGCGUCGCGAGCUGGUUGCUGCCAGCGCGCGACAGUUCGCUGCACUCACAGAACGCCUACGGCUGCAGCGUUCGCAGGAGAUGGAGAUCUUGGUGCGUUUACGGGAGCUGGAGAACGAGUCGAAGGACGAGCGUAUCGCGGUCUUGGAACGCGAGAUCGCGGAGGACAAACACAUCCACGCGCUGAAGGGCAUGAUCGUUGACUUGGAGUGCAACCUACGGCGGGCUUUGGAUCGCCGGAAGCCGCGGUCCUUUGUGGUGCCACCGGGGACCGCGGGGCCAAAGUGCGUGAGCUGUGGGAGAGAGACGUCCUUCCGCGCUUGGAGCCUUUUGCUGAAUGGGAAGAGACCGAAGGCGAUAAAAAUGGAAACACCAUUUUGUUUCUUGGAGUGCCUGCUUUUGGACAGUCAAGAGGGUAUGCUGGAGGUUGAUACAGCUUAG